AUGGAAGUCGAAAACGGCCAGCCAUUAACGACGAUCAUCUCCCCAAGAGGAAAGAUUGUCCAAAUCACUGACGAUGUUGACCAGGCUAUGGAUUUGGCCCAGGAGGCCGACCACCAAGUAUUUUCUGAACAGGAAGACAGAAAAUUACUCUUCAAGCUUGACUGCAUCGUCCUUCCUCUUUUCUCGUUUCUGUACAUGAUCCAGUUCAUGGACAAGACGUCGAUCGGAUUUGCAGCAGUCAUGGGGAUACAGACUGAUUACAACAUGGAGGGACAGAUGUACUCAUGGACCAACUCUUGCUUCUAUCUUGGAUAUUUGUGUGCGGCGCCGUUUUCUGCGAUUCUUUUACAAAAAUUACCGAUUAUCAAGGCAGUUAGCACUUUUAUUGUCAUCUGGGGAAUUAUACAAUGUUUGCAUGUUAGUGCAAAGUCCUACGCUACGUUUGUUCUUCUUAGAACAUUGCUUGGAGCCCUUGAGUCUUUUGUGUCUCCCAUCUUUGUUGUGAUACUUAACCAGUACUACAGACACACUGAACAUUUUGGCCGGACCGCAAUUUUCUAUGGAUUCAAUGGUCUCGGCACUGUUGUCCUUUCUGGCAUUUCCUAUGGCCUUUUUGAAAGAUCUGGACAAUACACCAUGAAGGCUUAUAAGGUGUUGUUCAUGAUUAUUGGUAUGGCCACUAUUGUGAACGGACUGUUGAUCAUGCUAAUCAUGCCAGAUACUCCAGCACAGGCCAGAUUCUUGACUCACAGAGAAAAGCUCAAUGUGGUGGAGAGAAUCAGAGGAAACAAUCAAGGGUUUGGUAACAGGCAUUUCAAGAAGCACCAGCUGAUCGAAUGUGUCACGGACGUGAGAACCUGGAUCUAUUUUGCCAUUGGAAUUCUAGUGGCCAUCCCCAACGGAGGUAUCAGUGGGUUUGGAACUAUUUUGCUCAAGUCCAUGGGAUAUUCCUCCAUCCGGUCCUUGCUGAUUAAGGCACCUCUGGGAGGUGUGGAGUGCGUGGGUCUUAUUGCUUUGAGAUACCUAUCCAUCUUCAUCAAGAAAAGAAUGAUUUUGGGUAUUUCGUACAUGGUGCUGGUCGUGAUCGCAUCUUGUCUGCUUGCCUUUGCUGCACAGGAAAAAGCACAGCUUGCUGGCUACUACCUGCUCGGAGUGGCUCCUGUUGGUAUCAUUUUGGUCACGUCAUGUGUCACCUCCAACACUGCUGGACACACCAAAAAGCUCGUCGCAAAUGCCAUCUCGCUUGUUGGCUACUCAUGCGGAAAUAUCAUUGGGCCUCAAACUUUCCAGUCCUCAGACGCACCACACUAUCCAAAGGCCAAGGCAACUGUUGUUGGAUGCUACUGUGGAGCAAUUGUACUGAUGAUCGUACUCACAGUGCUAAAUGUCACAGAGAAUCGUCGCAGAGAUAAGCAAAGAGAGAAAAUGGGUGACAAGUAUAAGCCAGUUGAGAACAUGGAGUUUGCCGAUUUGACGGACGGUCAAAACCCAGAGUUCCGUUAUCGUAUAUAA